GUUGAAUCUCCUUCAUUCUAAAUAAAAUAGUUGAACGGUGUGCAUCAAGUGCAUAGUGAUUCAAGAAUUCUAUCUAUCGUCUCUCAAUAAUUUGAAACGUGCGUGCUUACGUGAAGUCAAAAAAAAAAAAUUCGUGUGAACUUUUUAAUUAAAAAAAUAAAAACAACAAAAAAUUAAGAAAAAUGCCUGAAACAAAGGAAGAAGUUGCCCCCGAAGCUGUCGCCGAAAAGACCCCAACGGAAGAAGUCGCUGCUGCCACAAAUGGCGCCGACACAAAUGGUCAUGGCGAUGAAGCAGCUGCCGCCACAAAUGGCGACAGUAGCGAAAAAAGCGACGACAAGAAGGAGGAAAAGAAGGAAGAUCCGCCAAAGGAAAUGCGCGCCAUUGUUCUCACGGGAUUCGGUGGCUUCAAGGGUGUUAAAAUCUUGAAGAAGCCCGAACCGACUCCCGCUGCCGGCGAAGUCUUGAUCCGCGUUCGUGCAUGUGGACUUAACUUCCAAGAUUUAUUGGUACGUUUGGGUGCAAUAGACUCGCCGCCGAAGACACCCUGCAUUCUUGGCUUCGAAUGCGCUGGAGAAGUUGAAGCCGUUGGCGAAGGUGUCGAGGAUUUCAAAGUUGGUGACCGUGUCGUUGCGCUGCCUGAAUACCGUGCAUGGGCCGAAUUGUGUGCAGUUUCGACAAAAUUCGUCUACAAACUGCCCGAUGAGUUGUCAUUCCAGGAUGCGGCGGCUAUUUUGAUGAAUUACUUGGUGGCCUACAUCAUUUUGUUCGACUUGAUCUCGUUGCGUCCCGGCAAAUCUGUCGUCGUACAUUCGGCAGCUGGCGGUGUGGGACACGCGAUUGCUCAAUUGGCCCGUACCGUUGACAAUGUCACCCUUUUCGGUGUUUGCUCAAAAUCCAAGCAUGAAGCUGUUGCUGGUUUGUACGAUCAUGUCAUCGAUCGUGCUGAUUAUAUCAAUGAAAUCAGAAAGGUCUCAUCGGAUGGCGUCGAUGUCGUCUUGGAUUGCUUGUGCGGCGAAGAAUGCAACCGCAGUUACGGAUUAUUGAAGCCCAUGGGCAAAUAUUUGUUGUAUGGCUCCAGCAACGUCGUGACUGGCGAGACAAAGAGCUUCUUCAGUGUUGCUCGUGCAUGGUGGCAAGUCGACAAAGUCUCCCCCAUCAAAUUGUUCGACGAGAACAAGACUCUUUCCGGUUUCAACUUGCGUCAUUUGUUGCAUCAACAACAACAAUCCGACUAUGUGCGCGAUUGCGUCGACAAAGUCUUCGCUUUGUGGAAAGACGGCAAAAUUAAGCCCGUAGUUGACUCAACUUACGCCCUCGAAGACGUCUCCGAAGCCAUGCAAAAGAUGCACGAUCGCAAAAAUGUCGGAAAAUUGGUAUUGGAUCCCGCGAUGGAGCCGAAACCAAAACCCGCAACGCCCGCCAAGACGAAGAACAAGAAGCAAGCGAGCGAGGACAAGGCCGAAGAGAAGAAGGACAAAAAGUCCAAGGAUGAAAAGAAGGAAGACAAGAAAGAGGAGAAGCAGACAAAUGGCGACGGAGAUGCCGAAAAGAAGGAAAAUGGCGACGGGGAUGCCGCUAAAGCCACAAACGGCGACAGCAAUGGCACCGAGGAAACUGAGGAAAAGAAGGAAUCGAGUUGAAUGAAUGCUGCUGCUGAUCGAACGAAUGAUGAUGAAUAAGAAUUGAUUAGAAAUGGCCAUUAAGUGAUUAGGUUAAUGAACACAAAAACAAAAAAAAAAAUUGAAAAAAAAAAUCACACCACCCCCCCUUAUUCUACUUUAAAUAUUUGUAUUUUAUUAUCAUAAUUAUUAUUAAUUAUUUUUAUUUUUAAAUGAAAAACGCUGAAAUUUGACUCAAAUCUGAAUGAAAAAUAUCAAAAAAAUCACAGAAUCAAUCAAAAUAAAGGCAAAUCUAAAUUUUA